CUGUGACGUUUUGUUGUAGUAGUGAGGUGAAGUGUAUGGCGUAAGGGCGGACACAGUAUUUUUCAUUGUUUACGUGUAUUUCUUUUGAAUAAUUAAAGUGUUCUGUGGUAAUUAAUUCGCUACAAAUAUUCCACUCUAAAUAUAAACAAAAAGUGUAUUUCUUUACUUCAUUGUGUUCGAACGAAAUUAUUUUUAACAGCGUAGACAAUGCAGGCCACCGAAUCAAGCAAUUGCAAAGAAAAACACCACAUCGACGACACCAUCAACUUCCGACCUUCGCCAAAUUUUAAACACAUGAAAAAAUAUCUUAAGUCCAAAUUUGAGGAAGAUCAAAUUCAAAUAUCCGAAGCGAACGAAAAAAAAAGAAAAAAUAAAGUCACUUCCGUGGUGCAACCGCCGCUGCCUCCGGACUCGCCUCCCGCGUGCCCGCUCACUCUGAAGCAGGAGGUGGAGGACGAGGAGUACGAGCGCGCCGGCUCGCCCGCGCCCGAGCCCGAGCCGGCGCGCCGCAAGCCCGCCGCCGCCAUGUGCAAGGACUGGGUGCGCGGCACGUGCGCGCGCGGCGCCGCCUGCAUCUACGCGCACGAGCUCGACAAGAGCCAGCUCAAGGGCGUGUACCGCUUCUGCCGCGACUACGAGAACGACCGCUGCGAGCGCCAGGUGUGCUACUUCGUGCACGCCACCACCUUCGAGAAGGAGCACUUCUUCCGCACCGCCUACCUGCCGCCGCACGCGCUGCACCACCUCAAGUCCGCCGCGCCGCAGCCGCCGCCCGUCGAAGGUAACGCCCGCGGAGUCGGCGCCGCGUCCGCGCCCCGCGCGGCUCUAUUUACGGACAAUUAUCGAUGUAGUUAUUAUCUGCGAACUAGUGAUUGGUCUGUGUAUCGUAAGUUUUUCCAUUAUUGUGGGCCUUUUUCUUUUAAGUAAAACAAGGCAGGUAUUUGACCGCAAUCACACCUGAUGUUAAGUGAGAUGCAGUCUACGAUGGUGUACAUACCUGCCCUGUGUAUAUUUAUUUGUAGUUCCUAGCAUUAGGGAUAUGAUGAGACAAUGUUAAACUUCAUUUAAAUUAUUGUAAAUGUGUUCUAGAUACGUUAUUAUACAGGGUGAUUUUGCAAUCAGUAUCCAAAUUUUUAGGAGCUACUCAGGAUCAGUAACUUAAUCAAUUUACGUAAAGAAAACAAUAUAUUUUUUUCAUAUUUAAUUAUUUUUAUCCGCUGCGCGCGGUUUCAAAAUUGGCUCAAAUGGAUAUUAUUCGCUUCGUUCAUAGAAUAAUACGUUAACUGCAAACCUUAAGUGGUACGCGAAAAUAAGCCUAAACAUUUAAAAAUUAAGAUUUUUCGCAAAAAAUACCGCGAUUAAAAAAAAUUAAGAUAAAGUUGUAUUGUAAAAUUGUUCUAUAGAGCUUCAUAUUAUUAUUUUAAAAAAAUUGGACACUGAUAACAAAAUCAUCCUGUAUUAAUAACCAUGUGUUGGACAAGCAAGGUGAAUUUUCAGGUGUUUACGGUUGGCCGACUCCGAAGCAAUCAUGGAACCGAUUCAUAUGAAAAAUGUGUCACUACAUUUUAACAAUAAUGUGUCAGGAAUAGUAUCAAUAAAUACUGUUAUUUUUUAGUAUCAAAUUCUCAGUAGGGCAAAUUAUUGAGCAUGACACAAAUCACAAUAUUAACUAAAUAAGCUGUUUGAUCUCUUGGCGCCAUAUUUGUUUAGAAUAUAAAUUAAUCUAAAUAAAAUCUAAACUUUAGAUGAUUGCUGAGUCGCGAAAAUUUAGUCGAAUCAGAAUCAUCCUUAUCUUUGGAUUCAGUUAUUUCCAAAGUUCUAGAGUACCUACUAGCAUUGUUUGAGUGAUUUUUGCGAGCCAAACUUUUGAGAUGGAAAAGCUAAUAGGUAAAGUUUACUUUUCCUUUGAUGGUUUUGUUAAUUAACUGUUCGUCGUCAGUCGCUGAUUGUCGGAUCCGGCCUAUGCCUGUAACACCAACCUAUACCAACACUAAAGCCUGGUCCGUGAGCACGUAGAAUCUUGUCCAAUGACCUCAAGCUACCCAUCCUUAUCGCUUGCGCGUAAUUAUGUUGCUGUCGCGCUCGCACACUCACUGCGGGCGCCCGUCGCACAGUCGCGACAGCAAUAUAAUUACGCGCGAGCGAUAAGGAUGGGUAGCUUGGGGUCAUUGGACUAAAUUCUAC